AUGCAAAUAGCACUCUUCACUUGCUUCUUUCUGAGAUUUUUAAAUUUCUGCUCUAGUGCCACCAGAAGAUACUACCUUGGUGCAGUGGAAUUGUCCUGGAACUAUAUGCAGAGUGAUCUGCUCAGUGUGCUGCAUACGGACUCAAGAUUUCUUCCUAGAAUGUCAACAUCUUUUCCAUUCAACACCUCCAUCAUGUAUAAAAAGACUGUGUUUGUAGAGUACACGGACCAGCUUUUCAACAUUGCCAAGCCCAGGCCACCCUGGAUGGGUCUGCUAGGUCCUACCAUUUGGACUGAGGUUCAUGACACUGUGGUCAUUACACUUAAAAACAUGGCUUCUCAUCCUGUCAGUCUUCAUGCUGUUGGUGUUUCCUACUGGAAAGCUUCUGAGGGAGCUGAAUAUGAAGAUCAGACAAGCCAAAUGGAGAAGGAAGAUGAUAAAGUUUUCCCUGGUGAAAGUCAUACAUAUGUUUGGCAAGUCUUGAAAGAGAAUGGUCCAAUGGCCUCUGACCCUCCAUGUCUCACGUACUCAUAUCUAUCUCAUGUGGAUCUGGUGAAAGAUUUGAAUGCAGGCCUCAUUGGAGCUCUGCUAGUAUGUAAAGAAGGCAGUCUGUCCAAAGAAAGAACACAGAUGUUGUACCAAUUUGUACUACUUUUUGCUGUAUUCGAUGAAGGGAAGAGCUGGCACUCAGAAACAAACAACUCUUAUACACAGUCUAUGGAUUCUGCAUCUGCUGAAGCCUGGCCUAAAAUGCACACAGUCAAUGGCUAUGUAAACAGGUCUCUGCCAGGUCUGAUUGGAUGCCACAGGAAAUCAGUCUAUUGGCACGUGAUUGGAAUGGGCACCACUCCUGAAAUACACUCAAUAUUUCUUGAAGGUCAUACAUUUUUUGUGAGGAACCACCGUCAAGCUUCCUUGGAGAUAUCACCAAUAACUCUCCUUACUGCUCAAACACUCUUGAUAGAUCUUGGACGGUUCCUGCUAUUUUGUCAUAUCUCCUCCCAUAAACAUGAUGGCAUGGAAGCUUAUGUCAAAGUAGAUAGCUGCCCUGAGGAACCCCAAUGGCAAAAGAAAAAUAAUGAAGAAAUGGAAGAUUAUGAUGAUGAUCUUGAUUCAGAAAUGGACAUGUUCACAUUGGAUUAUGACAGCUCUCCUUUUAUCCAAAUUCGCUCAGUUGCUAAAAAGUACCCUAAAACUUGGAUACAUUAUAUUUCUGCUGAGGAGGAAGACUGGGAUUAUGCUCCUUCAGUUCUCACCUCAGAUAAUGGAAGUUAUAAAAGCCAGUAUCUGAGCAAUGGUCCUCAUCGGAUUGGUAGGAAAUAUAAAAAAGUCAGAUUUAUAGCAUACACAGAUGAAACCUUUAAGACCCGUGAAACUAUCCAGCAUGAAUCAGGACUCUUGGGACCUUUACUUUAUGGAGAAGUUGGAGACACACUGUUGAUUAUAUUUAAGAAUCAAGCAAGCCGACCAUAUAAUAUUUACCCUCAUGGAAUCACUGAUGUCAGCCCUCUACAUGCAAGGAGAUUGCCAAGAGGUAUAAAGCAUUUGAAGGAUUUACCAAUUCAUCCAGGAGAGAUAUUCAAGUACAAAUGGACAGUUACAGUAGAAGAUGGACCAACUAAAUCAGAUCCACGGUGCCUGACCCGUUAUUAUUCAAGUUUCAUUAACCCUGAGAGAGAUCUAGCUUCAGGACUGAUUGGCCCUCUUCUCAUCUGCUACAAAGAAUCUGUAGAUCAAAGGGGAAACCAGAUGAUGUCAGACAAGAGAAAUGUCAUCCUGUUUUCUGUAUUUGAUGAGAACCAAAGCUGGUACAUCACAGAGAACAUGCAACGCUUCCUCCCCAAUGCAGCUGAUACACAGCCCCAGGACCCUGGGUUCCAGGCCUCCAAUAUCAUGCACAGUCUAUGGGUCUUGGGGUGUCAUAAUUCAGACUUUCGGAAGAGAGGUAUGACAGCAUUGCUGAAAGUUUCUAGUUGUGACAAGAGCACUAAUGAUUAUUAUGAAGAAAUAUAUGAAGAUAUUCCAACACAGUUGGUGAAUGACAACAAUGUCAUUGAUCCCAGAAGCUUCUUCCAGUAUUCAAAUCAUCCUAAUAUUAGGAAAAAGAAAUUCAAAGACACCACAAUUCCAAAAAAUGAUAUGGAGAAGAUUGAGCCUCCAUUUGGAGAGAUAGCAGAAAUGCUUAAAGUACAAAGUGUCUCAUCUAGUGACAUUUUGAUGCUCUUAGGACAGAGUCAUCCUACUCCACAUGGCUUACUUUUAUCAGAUGGCCAAGAAGCCAACUAUGAGGCUACUCGUGAUAAUGAUUCACCUGAUGCAAUAGACAGCAGUGAAGGCCCAUCUAAAGUGGCCCAACUCAGGUCAGAAUCCCAUCACAGUGAGAAAAUAGUAUUUACUCCUCAGCCAGGCCUCCAGUUAAGAUCAAAUACAAGUUUGGAGACAACUAGAGAAGUAAAGUGGAAGAAACUUGAUUUGCAAGUUUCUGGUUUGCCAAGUAAUCUAAUGACCACAACAAUUCUGUCAGACAAUUUGACAGAAAAUUUUGAAAAGACAGGUUCUUCAGGAUUUCCAGAUAUGCCAAUUCACUUUAGUACUAAAUUAAGUACUACUGCAUUUGGUAAAAAUGUAUAUCCCCUUGUUGGGUCUCAUAUACCUUUAAGCAUUAGUGAAGAAAGUAGUGAUUCCAACUUGUUAGAUUCAACUUUAAUGUAUAGUCAAGAAAGUUCACGAGGAGAUAAUACAUUAUCAGUGGAGAAUGAUAAAUUACUCAAAGAGAAGAGGUUUCAUGGAAUUGCUUCAUUGGCCAAAGAUAAUACUUUAUUCAAAGACAAUGUCUCCCUAAUGAAAACAAACAAGACAUAUAAUCAUUCAACAACUAAUGAAAAACCACACACUGACAGCCCAACAUCAAUUGAGAAUAGUACAGCAGACUUGCACGAUGCCAUAUUAAAAAUCAAUAGUGAGAUUCAAAAGGUAACAUCUUUGAUUCAUAAUGGAACACUUUUAGGCAAAAAUACUACAUAUCUGAGACUAAACCAUAUGCUAAACACAACUACCUCAACAAAAAAUAAAGACAUAUUUCAUAAAAAAGAUGAAGAUCCUGUUCCACAAGGUGCAGAAAAGACAAUCAUGCCAUUUUCCAAGAUGCUGUUAUUGUCAGAAUAUGCAAAUUUGUUAAAAAAUACCAAUGGAAAUAACUCCUUGAACUCUGAGCAAGAACAUAGUCCAAAGCAAUUAGUAUAUUUAAUGUUUAAAAAGUAUGUGAAAAAUCAAAGUUUCUUGUCAGAGAAAAAUAAAGUGAUAGUAGAACAGGAUGGAUUUACAAAAGACUUAAACAUAGGACUUAAAGACAUGGUUUUGCCAAGUAAUAUGAGCAUAUUUCUUACCACUUUGGCUAAGGUACAUGAAAAUGAUAGGCACAAUCAAGAAAAAAAUAUUCAGGAAGAGAUAAAGAAGGAAGCACCAAUUGAAGAGAAAGUAGAUUUGCCCCAGGUGCACAUAGAAACUGGCACUAAGAAUUUCUUGAAAGACAUGUUUUUACUAGGCACUAGGCAAAAUAUAAGUUUACAUGAAGAGACAUAUGCACCAAUACUUCAAAACAUAACAUCAAUAAACAACUCAAGAAAUACAAUACAGAUUCACAUGGUACAUUUAUUUAAAAGAAGGAAGGAUAAGGAAACAAAUUCAGAAGGCUCAGUAAAUAAAACCAGAGAAAUGGUAAAAAACUAUCCAAGCCAGAAGAAUAUUAAUACUCAACGUAGUAAACGGGCUUUGGGACAAUUCAGACUGUCAACUCAGUGGCUUCAAACCAUAAACUAUUCGACACAGAGUAUCAUUAAACAGAUAAACCACAGCAAGGAAAGGAAAAAGUUCAUUAUUCAAUCUCCCUUAUCAGAUUCUUCUGUAAUUAAAAGCACCACUCAGACAAAUAGUUAUGACUCACACAUUGUAAAAACAUCAGCAUUUUCACCAACAGAUCUCAAAAGGAUUCCAUUCCAAGACAAUUUUUCUCAUGUUCAAGCAUCAUCCUACAUUUAUGACUUUAAGACAAAAAGUUCUAGAAUUCAAGAAAGCAAUCAUUUAUUAAAAGAAACCAAAAGGAAUAAUCCUUCUUUAGCCAUUCUACCAUGUAAGAUGUUCAUAGAUCAAGGAAAAUUUUCCUCCCCAAGGAAAAGUAAUACAAACUCAGUCACAUAUAAGAAACUUGAGAACAUUAUUUUCUUAAAACCAAUCUUGUCUGAAGAAGCUGGCAAAGUUGAAUUGCUUCGUCAAGUUUCCAUUCAAGAGGAAGAACUUUUACCUACAGAAACUAGCCAUGAAUCUCCUGGACACUUGAAUCUCAUGAAAGAGGUCUUUGUUCAGAAAACACAGGGGCCUACUGAGUGGAAUAAAGCAAAGAGGCAUGGGAAAAGUAUAAAAGGCAAACCAGAGAGCUCCAAAAAGACUCACUCUAAACUGCUGUAUCAUCAUGCUUGGGAUUAUCAUUAUGCUGCACAGAUACCAAAAGAUAAGUGGAAGUCCAAAAAGAAGUCACCAGAAAUUUUAUCCGUUAAGCAAGAGGACACCAUUUUGUCUCUGAGUCCUUAUGGAAACAAUCAUUCAAUAGGGGCAAAUGAGAAGCAAAAUUGGCCCCAAAGAGAAGCCACUUGGGUAAAGCAAGGUCAGACUCAAAAGACAUGCUCUCAAAACCCACCAGUCUUGAAACGACAUCAAAGGGAGCUUAGUGCUUUUCAAUCAGAACAGGAAACAACUGACUAUGAUGAUGCCAUCACCGUUGAAACAAAUGAGGAUUUUGACAUUUAUGGUGAGGAUAUAAAGCAGGAUCCUCGCAGCUUUCAACAGAAAACAAGGCACUAUUUUAUUGCAGCCGUGGAACGGCUCUGGGACUAUGGGAUUAGUACAUCUACUCUACGGAAUAGAGAUCAAAGUGGCAAUGUACCUCAGUUCAAGAAAGUAGUUUUUCGGGAAUUUACUGAUGGCUCCUUUAGUCAGCCCUUAUACCGUGGAGAACUAAAUGAACAUCUGGGGUUGUUGGGGCCAUAUAUAAGAGCAGAAGUUGAAGACAACAUUAUGGUAACUUUCAAAAACCAGGCCUCCCGUCCCUACUCUUUCUAUUCUAGCCUCAUUUCUUAUGAGGAAGAUCAGAGAGGACAAGAACCUAGAAGAAACUUUGUCAAGCCUAAUGAAACCAAAAUUUAUUUUUGGAAAGUACAACAUCAUAUGGCACCCACAGAAGAUGAGUUUGACUGCAAGGCCUGGGCUUAUUUCUCUGAUGUUGAUCUUGAAAGAGAUAUGCACUCAGGAUUAAUUGGACCCCUUCUGAUUUGCCACACGAACACACUGAAUCCUGCUCAUGGGAGACAAGUGUCAGUACAGGAAUUUGCUCUGCUUUUCACUAUCUUUGAUGAGACCAAGAGCUGGUAUUUCACUGAAAAUGUGGAAAGGAACUGCAAGACACCCUGCAAUAUUCAGAUGGAAGACCCCACUUUGAAAGAGAAUUAUCGUUUUCAUGCAAUCAAUGGUUAUGUGAUGGAUACCCUACCAGGCUUAGUAAUGGCUCAAGAUCAAAGGAUUCGAUGGUAUCUUCUCAGCAUGGGCAACAAUGAGAACAUCCAAUCUAUUCAUUUCAGUGGACAUGUUUUCACUGUACGGAAAAAAGAGGAGUACAAAAUGGCAGUGUACAACCUCUACCCAGGUGUUUUUGAGACACUGGAAAUGCUACCAUCCAGACCUGGAAUUUGGCGAGUAGAAUGCCUUAUUGGCGAGCACUUACAGGCUGGGAUGAGCACUCUUUUUCUGGUGUACAGCAAGCAGUGCCAGAUUCCUCUGGGAAUGGCUUCUGGAAGCAUCAGAGAUUUCCAAAUUACAGCUUCAGGACACUAUGGACAGUGGGCCCCAAACCUGGCAAGACUUCAUUAUUCUGGAUCAAUCAAUGCCUGGAGUACCCAGGAGCCCUUUUCUUGGAUCAAGGUAGAUCUGUUGGCACCAAUGAUUAUUCAUGGCAUCAAGACUCAGGGUGCCCGUCAGAAAUUUUCCAGCCUUUAUAUCUCUCAAUUUAUCAUCAUGUAUAGCCUUGAUGGGAAGAAGUGGCUGAGUUAUCGAGGAAAUUCCACUGGAACCUUAAUGGUUUUCUUUGGCAAUGUGGAUUCAUCUGGGAUUAAGCACAAUAGUUUUAAUCCUCCAAUUAUUGCUCGAUACAUUCGCUUGCACCCCACCCAUUCUAGCAUCCGUAGUACUCUUCGCAUGGAGUUGGUGGGCUGUGAUUUAAACAGUUGCAGCAUACCAUUGGGAAUGGAAAGUAAAGUAAUAUCAGAUACACAAAUUACUGCCUCAUCCUACUUCACCAAUAUGUUUGCCACUUGGUCUCCUUCACAAGCUCGACUUCACCUCCAGGGAAGGACUAAUGCCUGGCGACCUCAGGUGAAUGAUCCAAAAGAAUGGUUGCAAGUGGACUUACAAAAGACAAUGAAAGUCACUGGAAUAAUAACUCAGGGAGUGAAAUCUCUUUUUACCAGCAUGUUUGUGAAGGAGUUCCUUAUCUCCAGCAGUCAAGAUGGCCAUAACUGGUCACAAAUUUUACACAAUGGGAAGGUAAAGGUUUUUCAGGGGAAUCAGGACUCAUCUACACCUAUGGUGAAUUCUCUAGACCCACCAUUACUCACUCGCUAUCUUCGAAUUCACCCCCAUGUCUGGGAGCAUCAAAUUGCUCUGAGGCUUGAGAUUCUAGGAUGUGAGACCCAGCAGCUAUACUGAGGUAGCCUCUUCAUCCCCUGCUUGUUACCCUUCCUCAGUUCAAAGAUUGUCUUGAUGUUUUAUUGCUGUGAAGAGACACCAUGACGAUGGCAACUCUUAUAAAAGAAAGCAUUUAAUUGGGGCUUACUUAUAGUUUCAGAAGUUUAGUCCAUUAUAAUUGUGGGAAUCAUGGUGGCACACAAGUAGACAUGGUGCUGGAGAAGUUGCUGAGAGUUCUAUAUCUGGAUCCACAGGCAGCAUGAAGAGAAAGACACUGGGACUGACUUGGACUUUUUAAACUUCAAAGUGACACAUUCCUUCAGUAUACCCAUAUUGUUUCCAACAAGACCACUUUUCCUAAUCUUUCUCUGUAGUGCCACUCCCUGAUGACUAACUAAGCAUUUAAUUUUAUGAGCCUGUUGGGACCAUUCUUAUUCAAACCACCACAAGGAUAUUCCCUCACCAAUUUAAGACCACCAUUUCUCUUAGGCUUCUACACUACAUACUGCCCCCACACUGUUCAUGCUACCAUCAUUUUAUUUAAAACCAUACAAUCAUAUACGACCCUAUUCUGAUACUUUCCAAAUUAUUAAUUCUGAAUUUUCUAAAAACUUAACUCUUAACAUUUUGAAUGGAAGCUGUGAAGCACCACACUAAAUUUUAUACUUUCAGUAUCAAUAUAUGUUAUGCACUACCAAAACCAAAAAAAAAAAAUCCAUGACAGAAUCAUAACUAGAAAAACAAUUAGCUUUAUACCCUCUGAAAUAACUUAUGUCCAUUAACUACAUUCACUCAUUCCUAGUCCCUUAUAUUUAGCCUUUCAUGUUCUCUUUUCUUCAUGUUAUACUGUACCCAAAUGUACAUUUGUUUACAUAUAUCAUACACACAUAAACACUAUUGGCUAGAUUAUACAUAUGAGAGAAAACACAGAUUUUUUUCUUUCUUAGAUAGUAUGACCUCAUUUAAUAAGAUACAUUCUAUCUAUGUUCCUGAAAAUUUUAUCUUCAUUUAAACUACAAAACCUGAAAAACUAAUACUUUUAGGAAAAAAAAACACAGGAGAUACCCUUCAAGAUAUCAGUACAGGCAAGAACUUUUUAAAUAGAACUCCAACACUACAGAAACUAACCCCAAGUAUCAACAUAUGGGAUUAUAUGAAAAAAUAUUUUGUUCAGCAAGAGAAACAACCAUCAGUUAACAUAGUCCAUAGAAUAAGAGACAAAUCUUUACCAGCUACACUUCUUAAAAGGGCUAAUUAAUAUUCAGGGACUGGCGAGAUAGCUCAGCGGUUAAG